AUGGACCAAUAUAUUCGAGUGAAGGCGAUCUCCCCGAGUGUCUCCUUCUACAUUUCACGAAAGGACGCGGCCAACAUCCUGACUGGAGCCAACUCCGACAACCAGGCCACGCUCAUCGCAGCUCUUGAAGAGAAGCUCGUAGUGGUCAAGAAAUGGAAGCAAGACACAUUUAAGGAAGCGGACAUCCUUGACACCAUUGCUCGGCAAGAACCACCGAGAUUUUGCUUCCCUAGCGUUCUCCUCGGCGACACAUCAGUGGGCCAUUGGAUGGUCAUGACGGCUUACUGUCCCGGCCCUACCCUCCAAGAUUUCAGGACAUACGGAGAGACAGUCGUCAAAGACCCCAAACCCGUGCCGAUUCUGUUCGCCGCCCACGUCUUCUUGGAACUGCGCGCAGCCGUCGACUUCCUCCAUAGCCAUUUUCUGGCACACCGGAAUGUCCAAGAGGAGAACAUCAUACUCAAUAUGAACGCUCCGAGGGGCGCCAACAAUCUGCCCAAGAUAGCUUUGGUAGAAUUUGCCCGGGGGAAGGCAUAUCAAGACUUCGACGACGAAUCUCGCGCGCUCGACUUACAGGGGAUAUGUGCGGCAGUGGAGAGUCUGGCAGGCUCCAAUGGUGGCGACUCGACGUCUGACCAUUUACAGAGUGUUUCACAAUUCAAAAAUGCUUUAGGCGUCGUGUUGCUUGGGUUCCAAGUCGGGGGUUUCGACCUCAACAAUUGUCUCGUUCCCUUGACAAGUUUCGCUCGCUCGGUUGCUUGCGAUGCCCCUCGCACGCCGGACGUCGAGACUGGCGUCGAGACUAGCGCCAAGGCUAGAGCCGUACGAAUCGCAAAGGACGCGGCUAGAGUCGAAGAAAUCGCAAAGGACGCGGCUGGAUUCCAUGGAAAAGGUUCCUUUGGCGAGGGUCUCUUGGCGGUGGUCAAGUAUGAGGUUGGAGGCAACUGA